UGUCAGUAGCUUGGUGAAAAGUGGAGACUUCGUAUGGAUUGGUUUGUACAGAGAUCCUCACAUUUACUGGUCUGAUGGGAGUAGCUUCUCAUUCAGUCACUGGGAUAGCUUGAUACUUAGCUCAUUUGAUUCCAUGAGUGUGGCAUGUGGAGUUGCAGAUCUGCAGCGUUCAGCAAAAUGGAGGCUCCUGUCCUGUGUAGCACAUAAACUCCCAUUUGUGUGCUACAUUAACACUGCAGUAAAGAGGCAGAUAAUAAAGCUGAGGAUGACGCCAGAUGACCCGUCUGUGGAUCUGAACGACUCCGCUGUGAAAGCAGACAUCUUGAAAAAGCUCCAGAACAGGCUGAAGGAGAAUGGACUGAGUGGAGUCACCCUGAAGUGGAGAGAGCAGCCUGAUGGGAAAGUGUUUCACAAGGAGGAAAAAAGUUCUCAAAAGAAAUACAGAAAAAAAAACUGAACUCUGAAACCAAAAUGCAUCUGUGCAUCUGUGUAUUUGUAUCUUUGGCCAAUGUUUAUUCAGUCUGACACACAUGUACAGUACUGUGCGAUAGUUCUGGGACACCAUUAGAGUUGUUGUUACCACAAUACUAUGUUUAUUUCUUGUGUGUUCCUCCCUAACUCUUGGCAUGAACUCUUUAGGUCAGAUGAGAUGAGAUUGUCCCGAUUGGUCUUUUGUAGUUUUGUAUUUGUAUUGUGUGCUAUGUUCAGAGCCAGCCUCUGUUUUAUUUUGUUGCUUUUCCUUGUGUUUCUACGUCUUGUCUGUGAUAUGUUAGUCUUGUAUUUCAUGUUCCUUUGGUUGACUUACCUUUGGUGUAUCCUGUUUUAUUCUGUAAAUGCUUCCUCCUUAUGUAUCAUUUCUAGUGUUACUCCUUGACUUGUGUGUUUCCCUCAGUGGUAAUUGUGAACUCUGUACCCUGAUCUGUUUCACCCUUUCCACCUGUGUCUUUAUUCUUGUUUUAUCUCCUGAGGUUUUUGAUGGAUGUUUCCCUGAGGCUUCUCUGUAUUUUGGGAUUUGAACUUUUUUAGAUUUGAAGAUUGAUUUUAUUUUACCUAUAUAAAAGUACAUUUUAUGUUGUCACAUGUUUAUUUAACAUAUAAUAUAGUCCUUGCAUUGUCUUUUUUCCCUUAAAUGUGAUAAAGAUUUACUGCACCAUUCUUUUUUUGUAUCACACCGGGUUUAUUCAAGAUGUGUUGAUUGAUUACGCUUCAUUUGAAUGUUAUUAGGUUGAGCAGUACGAGUGCUGCUCAUUGAGAGCUUGCUUAUAUACUGUAUAUGCUCACAGGUGCACUUACAUAUGUGUAUAUACUUAAAUAGAUAUAAGGCCAAAAAAGGAUUACACUGCAAAAACUGAAAUCUAGGUAAGAUUGAAUGUCUCAGAUAAGGGUGAAAUUUGCUUAUUUUUUGCCUGAUAAAAUAUUUUUUCUCACUAA